AUGACGAGUGCUCAGACGAAUAAUUCUAAAAUCACAAUUUAUGUGCUCUCUUGUUGGAUUUUUGCUGCCUUUGGUGGCCUCAUGUUUGGUUAUGAUAUUGGUAUUUCAGGAGGAGUUUCUAGAAUGGAUGAUCCUUUGAUGAAAUUUUUCCCACAUGUGUAUGAAAGAAAGCUACAUGCCAAAGAGAAUAACUAUUGCAAAUAUGAUGAUCAACUUCUCCAACUCUUUACUUCAUCCUUGUACUUGUCGGCUCUUAUCGCGAGCUUUUUCGCUUCAAAGGCCGCCACUAAAUUAGGGAGAAGACCUACCAUUGAAAUGGUUAUUUUCCAGCAAUUUACUGGAAUCAACGCCAUUAUGUUUUACGCGCCUGUCCUGUUCCAAACUAUGGGUUUCAAGACCGAUGGCUCGCUUCUAUCCUCUGUCAUUACUGGACUUGUUAAUGUUGGCAACACAUUUGUUUCCAUCUACCUUAUUGACAAGGUUGGAAGGAGAAAAUUGCUCCUCCAAGCGUGUUGCCAAAUGUUAAUUUCUCAGGUACAAUAUAAUGUUCAUCUACAAAACUAUGCAUGA